AUGCUGCACGCUGCGGUCGCCCCAAGUCUACCAGCAUCCGGCGUGACGCACUCCGUCGCCGGCCGCUUCUCCGAUGGCCUCCCAAAUGGAGUACAGGAGCUGUUCGUUUUCAAGAAAAACAACGUGGAGUUGUGGCGUGUCCCGCCAGCGGUGGAAGCAGGCAUGCGGCUCUCUUAUGUCACCUCUGUGCAACUGAAUGCCCCGCCUGUGGCAGUUGCUGCAUGCCGUCCUCUGGGGUUUGCUGUUGACGUCAUCGCGAUGUGCUUUGAUGACUUUCAUGUCUCAUUUGUCAUGUACGAUCCGCUUCUUAUGCGUCUGCAUACGUUGGCAUUGGUUCAACUUAACGACCGCGAGGUGGCACAUGAAGUGACGCCGCUGGAGCCUUUGAUGCGCGCCGAUCCGACAGGUCACUUCAUUGCGGUGCUGGCACGGCGUCGUCACAUGUUUCUGAUUCCCCUGUUAGGGGUAAAGCGUCCCGGGGGAGAUGAGGAUGAUGAUGGCGACAACAACAACAGCAAUGGUGCAGCACUCAUGACAGGGCAGCAGCUCAAGAACAACACGGACAUGGCGGCAACUACAGAUGACUGGGGGGAUGAGGAUGAAUACGAGGAAAAGGCUCCAAACGAUAAGAAUGAGGCGCAGGCCGAAGAACAGAUAGGCAUAGAUGCGCAAUCACAGCCGCACGAUUCAAAGAUUAUUGAUGUGUCUAAGGAGCUGUUGCGCAUCGGUACCAUAUCUAUGUUCACACUUGCAACAGCGGUAAAAGGCUCAAUUCGGUAUGUGCGGGAUAUACAGUUCAUUGACUCCACUGGGGAACCCAUUGUGGCCGUUUUGUGUGAACGGCAGCCAACGUGGGCUGGCCGCGUGAAACUAGUGGAAUGGCGCACCAAAACGGUGGAAUCGGACAUACUUUCCUCGCAGGUUGUGUGGGUGCAAAUAUCCUCCGCAUCCACGUCCACACCGAAGCUGUUGCUGAUCGGCGAGGUGGACGAUAUCCCGUAUAACGUGACACACAUGACACCUGUUGGGUCGUUUGCACAGACACCCUCAGGUGUCCUCUGCUACGGCAUCAACACUGUUAUACACGUCACGACAAAGCGGGGCUACGGAGUCUACUUCAACAACAACGGUAUGGAGGAGUCUGCAAAUUCCAAGUCCUCUGCGAUGUCUUUUAAAAAGGCAAGCUGGUGUGACCCAGAGCUAGAGGCGUCGACGGAAUUAUUCAGGGUGAACCUCUGCCUCGCAAACUGUGCGGCUGCAACCAUGAGUGCCGGAAAGGAAUCACUGCAGGUACUCGCUGUCUCGGAAGCGGACGGUGUGGUGGUGACGCUGCACUUUGCGGCGCAGGGGUCUACCGUGCAGGACAUUAAACUCAGUAUCCUUGGCACCGGCUGCUACUGUUCCAGCAUCGCUCCUAUCAACGGUCGCGCUGCGUUUCUGGGAUCCGCGAGUGGCGACUCCUGUGUUGCCGCCGUUGACCCACUUCACAACGAUGCAACAAUGCGUUUCCGAAUUCUAGAAAGUAUGGAGGCGAUUGGCUGCAUCAUGGAUAUUGACGCCGUUGACUGCAGAGGUGUGGCCGAUGGUGAAGUGGGCCAAUCAAACACCCCAAAGGAUUCAUGGCUUGAUGGUAUGCCGUAUGCGGAGCUGCUGCGAAGCACCGUACUUGAGCCGAUACCGAGGGUUCCUAUCACGGAGUGUCGAGCGGCGAUGGACUUGGCUGUGUGCGCCGGUCGUGGCGGCUCUGGUUCUCUCUUCGUUCUGCGGCAAUCUGUGCGCGGCAAUGUGGUUCAUCGCGAAAGUGUGAAUGCGGUAUCAGCCUUCUUUUUGGAUGCGCUAGAGAAUUCGAAGCGACCUCGCAUAGAGGAUGAGAAGGAUGAUGGGGCUCCGCGUGUGUCGUUGCGUGCGCCACCGCACCUUCUGCUCACUGGCCUUUCAUUCACUAUUCUCUUCACUGUGCGUGGGGGGUCUGUGCAACAUGUGCGCCGUUCAGAGUUUCUUGCAUCGUGUCGAACGGUGUUCGCGGCAGAUAUUCCAUGGUUGAACGCCUUGCUACAAGUGACUGAGCGAGAGGGGCGCAUAAUAUCAUCUGAUGGGAGGUCGCUUCUCCUCAGGUUUCAUUUUGUUCCAGAGAGGGAAGUCGAUAGGCACCGGAUUGUUAAAUCGGCAUGUAUUUCGGCGGAAUCCCAACUGUUGUUUGUCCUCAUGGAAGACGGGACACUGUUGCAGUUUAAGCUUAACUCGGCGCAAAUAGCCCCUCAAAAGGAGGUUCUUGCGGAGAGUGUGGCGGCCUUCGCUUUGUGGCGAGAUCAGCGGCGAGUUGUGGCCUUCUCUAGAGAUGGUACUAUGACAAUCACUGAUAUCGAGACCCGUUCUGUGUUCGCUGUGUUUCCCCGCUUGGGUAUGCUGCCGCCCCAUUCUGUGAUUAGUACUGCGGAGGCGUCGGGUGAGGGGCUCCCUCAUUCUUCAUCUCAUGACACCGUGGAUGCAGUUUCUGUCGUGGAGCACUUGGAGGUUGUGACGAUGCCGGAAGAUUCUGCAGCGCCGGCAUCGGCAGCAACGUCGCUCCUCAUCGUCCUCGCCACAGGUGAACUGGCGGUGUAUCAGCUCCUCGGCCCUGAUGCUUUUGGACCACUCCGUCUUGUCAAGUCGCUGCAUCACUUCCUCGAUAACAAGGCGGAACGUGAGGUUAUCGAAUCCAUUGAGGCCAAAAGGCAACGUAUGCAGCGGGAGCGCAUCAUUGAGAAUGACACACAGCUGAUGCGGCACUGCAGCCGCCGUAUCGUCUCAUUCAACGUCAUUAGUGGGCAUGCCGGGGCGUAUGUGUGCGGCCAGCACCCACUUUUCCUCUUCUGGGACCGCCGGCAGCGGCAACUCGUGGGGUAUCGCCACCAAGCCCCAGGCGCGGUGCGUGGUUUUGUGCCGUUUCCUUCUAUAGGCAACGGUUUCCUGUAUUGUUGCGAAGGAUUUGUCGAUUUCGCCUCCAUGAACGAGUACUGCCGACCCAGUGGUCACGGGUGGUUGUCGCGCCGCAUCCACCUGGGUGUCACACCACAUUUUGUUGUGUAUCACCCUCCUGCACAUAGCUGUUUUGUCGUCACGUCGAGAAAGGAGCCAUUCCGCCCACAGAGAGCUUCUUUUGACCUUCAACUGAAGAUUAACUACGAUGAGGAAUUUGGAAACAUUCAGAGUGUUACGACGGUUGCACCGGUUUGUAAUAUGCCGCCCAUCAAAUCAGAUGCCGGUAUGCCCGUGCCAAUGAAUGAUAGGUUUGAAAUUCGCUUCAUGUCGACUGCAGAUUGGAGGUGUACUGAUACCUUUCCACUGGAAGAGAACGAGCAGGUGCUGGCCGCGCAAUUGAUGGAGAUCCAUUACAAUAAGGAUAAGGAUGCGGACGGUCCGCAGACAGCGCCCGUCUGUGUCGUGAGCACCGCAUUUCCAUUGGGGGAGGACGUCACUUGUAGAGGCCGCAUUCUUCUGCUCGCGUCGAAGUGGGUGAAGGGGGUGCGGAAGAUACUUACUCUUCACUCAGAACCUCUCAACGGCCCUGCCACAGCAGUUACUGGCAUUCGCAAUCACAUUGCCGUUGCUGUGGGUGGGACAAUCAAGCUGUUCCGCUAUGACUGGGAGUCGAGGAAGCUGGUAGUGGGUGCCCUGUUGUACGCUGGCAUCUACGUGACGCGCAUGUCGGCAUUCCGUAACUACCUUAUCUACGGGGACCUUCACCGCUCCUGCGCGCUGGCUCGGUUUAACGAAGAAAACCACACCCUAAUGGUUCUUGGAAAGGAUCGCAAUGCGGUUUCUAUUGUUCACUGUGACAUGAUGUACCAUGACCGAGCGUUUGGUAUACUCUCCUCUGACGACCAGCGAAAUCUGUUGUUGAUGGGCUACACACCACGCCUUCAGGAGAUGGAGGUGGGGAAACCGAACAAGGUGCUCGAGUCUGUGCUCUCACUUGAUGGCGAGUACCGCCUCCCCAGUGGCUGCAUGGUUAAGUCCCUUCGGUUCCGCUCCCUUGCAGGCAACUCCAGCGUGGCGAUUUACGUAACUAAUUACGGAGAAAUAGGCUUUGUUGUGCCGAUUGGCGAGCAGGCGAAUCGCACGGCGCUGUGGAUGUCGCGUCGUCUGCAGAUGGAGCUUCAACACGAGGCGGGAUUGGUUCCACGCAUGUUUCUCGGUCUAAGCCAAGAAUCGCCGCGAACGGCGCUGCGGGCGAAGGAGAUGCUCGUAUCUGCCCCGUUGUUGAAGCAAUUUUUCUUCCUUGAUGUCUGCACGCGAAAGGCCAUUGCAAGUGCUGCUUACACGCACUUGGACCGCGUCACAAACGUCGCUGCGCUCAUUUACGAGGAAUGCAGUUUGUUCUAG